UUCAGAGAACCUUUGCGUUCACAUUGCAGUCAGAUACAGGUCGCUUGUAGUUAUGAAUGUGAACCGUCAACAUAGACAAAUCCAAUCUGAGCAAAAAAUCAGAAUUGAACGAUGUGACUGGUAGUGUGAACGUAGCCUAGGUUCACUGGAUCCUCCUAUACGCUCUUGCUUGCCGGGAGAUUGUCGGACGUGAUGUCACACAACUCGGAAUUUCCGAGUUCCAAGAGAGAAACGAACGCACCAUUGGAAAGGGUCGUGUCCUUUAAAACAGCCAAUAGGAAUCGAUCUCUUGAGAAAAUUUUCCAAUCGUCAUAGAUCUCGAAAAUGAAACUGGGGAAAACAGCAUUAUUUUAUUUAUGCAUUUCAUAUGAUAGAUUAUUGUAGUCGACGAUAUCCCUAAGGAAACAUUACACCAACUGGGAGGAACUAAUUUUUUACAAAGUUUUGGUAAAAACAGGAAGCAGUCGUUUUAUGAUUAACAGCUUGUUUUAUGUUUUGACAAACUUCAUGCCGGGAAGUCGUUAUCACAACCUAUCGAAACCACCUCGGCUUGUUCAGUACCAUACCUGUAAUUCAAAUUACCGGAAGAGCAUGGAUAUCAAUGUCUUGCUGCACAAUAUCAGCGAAGAACUGGACUCCAACGAGAUUGAUGCACUCAAAUUCCUGUGCAAAGACCACAUUCAAAGGAAAAAAAUGCAAGAUAUCCACGAUGCUCGCGAUCUCUUCUUGAGGUUAGAAGAACAAGGGCUCUUGGAAGAUGUCUCCAUUGUGGGGGAGCUGCUGUACACUAUCAAACGAUAUGACCUGCUCAAAGUCCUGGGAACAACUCAAAAGAAAACUCAGGAUAGGCUUCAGAUGCAAGUGGACUGCGGCUGUCUGAUCUCCUCCUACAGAAAGCUACUGUAUGAGCUGUCAGAAGAUGUGUCUGAAGACAGUCUUGAGGCUAUAAAGUUCCUGUUGAAAAUUCCCCAGGUCAGAUCUUGUAAGAGCUUCCUUGAUGUGUUGGUAGAGAUGGAGAAACAGGAGCUGUUGGCUGACGACAAUCUUGAGAAUCUUGAGAGUUUGCUUAAUAACUGUCAACCAGAGCUGUGCUUCCGGGUCAAGGAGUAUGCAGCUCGCAAGGAUGUUGACAAUACAAGCAGGACCUCAGUGACUGAAUCCAUGAUUGUACCAUCUGUCCAAGAGUCACCUUCCUCUACUAUGAGUCCGAUCAGUGGUGAGGGAGAAACUACCCUUUUCACAGACACAGGACCUAAUGGAGAAUACCUAGGGGAGGUAAAUUUGCCUCGGUAUGAUGGCAACCACAAGGUAUAUACAAGCAGUUGUUGUUGUUGCAUGUUUUUUUACCAUGUAAAAUCUGUACAACUGCUCUACGUUCAUCCUCUGAUGUUACAGGACUUGUAUAACAUGACUCGUCGUCCACGUGGAUACUGUAUCAUCAUCAAUAACUAUCAUUUUGAGAAGGCUAGUCAGCUGGGAAACCGCAAGGGGACAAAUAAGGAUGCUGACAACCUAUCAUCAGUCUUCAGCUGGCUGCAUUUUGAGGUGCAUCAAUACAAGGAUUUGACUGCGAGAGACAUGCUGAACACUGUGAAAGACUUUGGAAAGAGGGACCACAGCUCCAGGGACGCCUUUGUCUGCUGUGUCCUCUCGCACGGCGAGAAAGGCUCCGUCUUUGGCACGGAUGGCGAAACGAUCUUCAUCCAGGAAAUCACCCAGCCGUUCAAAAGCAGCAACUGCCCCUCCUUAGCAGGCAAGCCCAAAAUGUUCUUCUUCCAGGCCUGUCAGGGCAAGGGAAAGCAGCAGGGUCUGUCCAUCCAGGCCGAUGGCGAUGGAGACGGCGACAGAAACUACAGCAGGGAAAUCCCGGAUGACUCAGACUUCCUCCUGGGCAUGGCUACUGUGGAGGAUUACCAGUCAUUCCGCCAUGUCCACCUAGGCUCCAUCUAUAUACAGGAGCUCUGUAAGCAGCUGAGGCACGGUUGCCCAAGGAACAAAAGCAUCCUGGAAAUCUUGACCAUAGUGAAUCGGGAGGUAAGUCUCCAAAGCUUCCAGGACUGCAAGCAGAUGCCGGAGCCCAGGUACACACUGACCAAGACGCUGGUUCUGCCUGUGGACUGAGGGAGGACCUCUGCUGGAUCUCAGCCCUUUUCAUCAGAACCCUGGAGGCACUUUUUAGUGCAGCUUCCUUGUGUUGAUGCUGAAGGAACAAAUGAAGGAUUUUACACGUCUCCUCAUUUCCUGGACUUUAGUUAAAAAAAAGACGAACUCCCUUGGUCUGAUAUGUUGUACUCUUGUUAGAAAUAGCAGAAAGGGUAUGUGCUUAACGCAAAGAAUCUUAAGUAGAGUUUUUUUUAUUCAUAAAAUUUUAUUUUCUAAAAAUAAAAACAUUCUUUGCAGUG